AGGUCCCUUUAACGUUCCCGCCUCUCUUUUUCCUCGAAUGAGGAUCGGUGCUUCUUGGGUAGGAGAGAUAACCGGUCACUGCAGGAAGCCGGAAUGCAAGAAUCGUUUUGUUUUGGAGCGGUGUGGAAAUUUUGUUAAUCAAUAAUGCAUAUGAAUGCAAUUGAAUUUCCCGAUGCUGCAGUGUUGUCUAGGGAUUUUUAAAAAAAAGAUAUUUAGAUGCACUUUACACCGGUUUUUUUUUUAGCACGAUCCUCUUUGUGGCCGCUCCCAUAUCAGGAUAGGGUUAUAGCGGGAUCCGGAUUGUAAUAUGUUUGUUAUAUUCCUUUUUAAAGAUGCCCAUCAACCUGGUGAACGCCAUGUUUCCUAACCUGCAAGCAAUGCAAAACGCUUGGUGGUAAGAUGCAAACACAGUAGUCUUUCAUAAGAUCUUGCAAAUAUGCUUUUAAUUUAAAACGCAAAUUACGUCAAGCCUGUGGGGCCUUGUGUCUCUGCCCUUGUGAUUUUACAUAUUUAGAUAAUAAACUAAAUCAACAUGAGAUUCUCCCUAACAUCUCUUACGGUACUGACAGUUGGGAGCUUUUAAGCAGGAAGAUGCUAUAUGGCAUAUUUAAAGUGCUUUUUUUUAAAAUGUGAUUUUCCUACAUUCCAUCAGUUUCGCUACAUUCCAUCAGUUUUUCUGCCUAUAAACUCUUCCCAAUUUCCGGAUGCCUUUGGACUACAAUUCCCAGCAUUACUGAUGAACCUGGGAAGAGGCUCCCAUGUGAUUUUUCAUUCGGAAGAAGUUUUCUUGGACCAAUGAUGCUAUUCCUUUCCCUUCUCCACCCCUUUGGGCUUGGCAGUGAUUGUAAGAUGUUACUGAAGAAAAAAGAGUGAAAGGCAGCACAGGCAAGAAAACAAAGGAAUUAGGAUACAGCUUUUGUUCAUCCCCCCCCUCCUCCUCUUUUCUCCUAAAUGAUCCAGAGCAAAACCAGACCUUCCCUUCUAGAUUUUUAAAAGAAGCUGAAAUUAUUGGCUAGGAAUUUUUCAAAGGACGCCUGGAAGGCUUGGAGCGUGCAUUUAACAAAGCAUCAGGAAAUGAUGUGUGGCUGAGGAAAUAUUUAAGAGAGAACCACAUAGUGCAUACUUCUGCUCGUUUUUCACCUAACAAAGCAAUACGUCUGGCUCCCCGCUCCGCCUGGUAUUUGGUUUGCUUUGUUUCUUAGAAAGGAAAUCCUGUAAAUGUUUAGCAUUUGGUUGACUUGCUUUUUAGCUCUGGGGACAAUCUCUGCAGUAUGUGAAUCACUUUAUGGAUCCCAGCUAAGUCCGGAAAGAAGUUUACUAUGGGGACCUGGACUGAGAGCAGGGGUUGUUCUUCCUGCUCGGUAUUUUUAUAUCCAGGCCGUGGACACUGAAGGGAAAAGAUUUACCACCUCCCCUGGAGAAAAAGCAUUUCAGGUAAAGAUCACAGCACCCGACGAGCAAUUUACACGCGUGGGAGUGCAAAUAUUGGACAGGAAAGAUGGUUCCUUUAUCGUGCGAUACAGAAUGUACGCAAGCUACAAAAAACUGAGAAUUGAAGUGUGGGCAAAAAGCAAACAGGUUGCCGAAUCUCCAUAUAUUUUAAAAGGACCUGUUUACCAUGAAAACUGUGACUGCCCUCAGGAAGAUGGGAGUGCUUGGCUGGAGAUGAUGAGCUGUCCUGAAGCCAUUCCGCAGAUUCAGAGAGAUUUGGCACAUUUUCCCGCCAUCGAUCCAGAUAAAAUUGCCAAAGAAAUUCCACAACGGUUUGGACAGAGGCAAAGUCUGUGCCAUUAUACCAUAAAAGACAACAAGAUUUAUAUAAAGACCCAUGGUGAACAUGUUGGCUUCAGAAUUUUCAUGGAUGCUAUUUUACUUUCUUUGACAAGAAAAGUGAAAAUGCCAGAUGUAGAGUUUUUUGUGAAUUUGGGAGAUUGGCCAUUGGAAAAAAAGAAAUCUUCCCAGGAUGUCCAACCCAUAUUCUCCUGGUGUGGAUCUAACGAUUCCAAAGAUAUCGUAAUGCCAACUUACGACCUGACAGAUUCUGUGUUAGAAACAAUGGGGCGAGUCAGCCUGGAUAUGAUGUCUGUUCAAGCAAAUACUGGGCCGCCAUGGGAAGAGAAAAACACCACAGCAAUCUGGAGAGGUCGUGACAGUAGAAAAGAGAGGCUUGAACUUGUGAAAAUGAGCCGAAAGUUCCCAGAAAUCAUCGAUGCGGCCUUUACAAAUUUCUUCUUUUUCAAGCAUGAUGAAAGCCUCUACGGCCCAAUUGUGAAACAUAUCUCCUUUUUUGAUUUCUUCAAGUCUAAAUACCAAAUUAAUAUUGAUGGCACAGUGGCUGCAUAUCGGCUGCCAUACCUGCUGGCAGGAAACAGCUUAGUGUUGAAGCAGGAUUCCAUCUACUAUGAACAUUUUUAUAACGAAUUACAACCUUGGAAGCACUUUGUUCCAUUUAAGAAUGACCUGAGUGAUCUCAUGGAAAAACUCCAGUGGGCGAAAGAUCAUGACGAAGAGGCAAGGAACAUUGCAAAAGCCGGCCAAGAAUUUGCAAGGAACACCCUCAUGGGAGAUCAUAUAUUCUGUUAUUAUUUCAAACUAUUUCAGGAAUAUGCCAAACUGCAAGUGAGUGAUCCCAAAGUGAGGGAUGGCAUGGAAAAAGUGGCACAGCCUGAUGAUGACCUCUUCCCCUGUAACUGCCACCGAACAAAGGUCAAAGAAGAACUCUGAUGAGACAGAGGAAAACUCGUGGCUGGAAAUAUUUACCUAAUCACCUUCCGAGAGUAAUAAGUUACUAAGAGUGAAAACAUCUGGAUGCGCUCUUUUGUGCAGUAUUAAUACAACAUUCCUUUUUAUAAGCUCUUUUUUUAAAAUAAAUAAAUAUUCUUUCCAUAAA